AUGUGUGAUGAUGCCUCGUCGACAUCUCAUCGAUCGACCAAAUUCAUCCAUUUCUUGAAUUGCUUUCUUGAACGGACCGCUCAUGUAGCUGCCGAUUAUCCACGUACGGUUAUCACGUUAGUAGUAUUGGUGACGAUAGCAGCAUCAUUAAAAUUAUUAUUUGUAAAACCGAAGGAUAACCUGCAAUCAGGCUAUACACCAUCAAAUGCUCGGGCCUUCAAUGAAUUGGAAGUUUUCCGAAAAUUCAACGAUGGUAAAGAUCCCGUGGUAGUAAUUAUACUAGUUACUGCAAAAGAUGGUGGUUCAGUCGCCAGACUACCUCAUUUGAAUGAAAUUCUGAAUGUUGUUGAUUAUGUGGGGACACAUUUCCCCGUCAAGAAUUAUACCUAUUACCGAAUGUGCAGCAAUUUCUGUGAUGUCAAUGAACCUGUUCGGCAAUUCAGAAAUGGAUUAAUUCUCAACACUGCAAAACAUCUCGACAGAAAUACCAGCCUACGCAAUACAAGUAAUAAUAAUAAUAGUGGUGAUGUAAUUGAGCUUUCAUUUCCCAUAAUGCAAUUAUUCGGCCGUGAUCUUGAUUUAUCACCCUAUUUCUUUGGCGUUGAAUAUACAACUGAUGGUGUAAAUCGAAUUUCUGGAACAAAUAUCAAAUAUGUCAAAUUAGUGGCGCUACAUUUCCGAACACAGCGACCGAAAGAAUGGACCAGUGAUGAUGAUACAUUCCACUGGGAACGUCUCGUUGGAGAUUACUUUAAAAAUGAAUACAACAAUUCGUUAAUUCGACCAAUCGCAUUUUCGUUAGCUUAUACGCAAGAUGAAAUCGUUCGCGCGGGUCUUGCGUUAAUACCUUACAUACUGGUUGGCUUCAUUAUGAUGUGCAUAUUUGCCGUUGGAACAGUUAGCAUCAAUUCAAUAUGCACAAGACAGUUUUCGAAAAACAAAAUAAUCUAUGCUAUUAUGGGAUGUAUCACACCAUUAAUGGCGACAGCAACGGCUCUUGGACUUUUGAUUUUAUUGGGUCUACGGCCUGGUUCUAUUCUCUGCGUUACACCGUUUCUUAUUUUAGCUAUAGGAGUUGAUGAUGCCUUUUUAAUAAUUGGUGCGUGGAAUAGAACAGAUAUUGAGAUGAGGAAUGGAACUGCUGUGUAUAAAACAAUUCGGGAAAGAAUAGCGGUUGUUCUAAUUGAUAUUGGGCCAUCGAUAACUAUAACAUCAUUGACAAACAUGUUAGCCUUUGGAAUUGGAAUAUUUACAACAUCAACACCCGAAAUCCGAUUACUGUGCAUCGCUAAUGCAGCAGCCAUUUUUCUGGAUUAUGUAUAUACCAUAACGCUUUAUGCUGCUGUGAUGUGUAUUGGUGGUCAAAUAGAAAUGGAGCAAGAAAAUAUUUGCGCAAAAUCUAUCGUCCCUGAACGAAAGUCUGAGGAACCAUCUAUGGCCACAACUUUCUUGCACAAUUAUUGCAAAUACCUAUCAAGUGGCUUUACAACAAUUUUGAUAUUUAUACUGCUUAUAAUUUAUUUUGUAACAAGUAUCAAGUAUGCACUGAUAGCGAAGGGUUGUUUGACACCAGAAAAAUUGUUUUUGGAUGAUUCACCUAUGAUUGAAGUAAACGAAUUACACAGUAAACUGAUCAUGCCAUCAUACACUUUCGUGACGAUAUUCAUCUUAAAGCCAGGAGAUUUACGAAAUUUAUCCAGACGAGAACGUAUGAAAGAGCUGGUAUCUCAAUUUGAAGCAAUACCUGGAUGUAAAGGCUCCAGGUUUACACAUUUCUGGCUUCGUCAUUAUGAGACGUAUUUGAAGUCAAAAAGUGAAGAAACCGAUGAAAGUGAAUUUGAUGAUUAUACUUCAAAUGAUCUAUUUAAGUUUCUGGAAUGGCCCGAAUAUGAAGUCUUCGGUGGAUUCAUGAAAUUCGACAAUCAAACUAAUCGUCUUACAGCCUUUUACGUCACGGUCACUUAUCAUGGUAAAAAUCAGUCCGAUUGGAUACAGCGACUAAAUAUGCUGAAAGCGUGGCGAGCAAUUGACCUUGAAGCAUCAGUAUAUGAAGAAGAAGCUUUAUUCACGGAUCAAAUUGAUUCGUUAGUAGCGACAACUUUGCAAACAUCCCUUGUGAUAUUAGCAUGUAUGAUAGUGGUGUGUUACAUUUUUAUGCCCGACCUUUCAACUGUGUUGAUUGCAAUCUUAUCAACUGCAUCAAUAUGUAUUGGAGUAUUUGGCAUCUUGACUUUUUGGAAUGUCGAUGUAGACCCGGUUUCCAUGGCAACAAUGAUUAUGUCUAUCGGUUUAUCAGCUGACUUUCCGGCUCACAUCACUUUUCACUAUCAUCGCGCUGGAUUGAAUCCAAAUCUGACAUCAGUUCAAGAACGACUUGAACAUACGUUCGACGUCGUCGGUUUUCCGUUGCUUCAAUGCAGUUUCUCAACGCUAUUCUUCGUCCUAAUUCUAUUACUUGUCCCCAGUUAUAUGAGCGAAGUUUUUACAAAAGCCGUUGUCGUAGUAAUCUUACUGGGAACACUUCAUGCAUUAAUUAUUGUUCCUGCUGUUCUUUGUGCAUUCUCAAACAUUUAUCAGCACUUCUUAUUUAUAAAAGAUUAUAAGUUAGCAUCACUCACUGGCAUAGUAACGACAAAAAUAUCUCAUGUACAGCAGUGCGAAUCUACAUUUCAUUCUAUCACAAAGCCCUCGGAGCAGUGA